AGUUGAAAACAUUGGAUAACUGCUCCAUGAGUUACGAAGCUGCUCCACAAAUUCAAGACCAGUUACAAAGUUGAGUCUCAUAAGUCUAUGCGAAAAUAAUAAGUACCCACUCCCCUUGUCCCCACACUUUCUCACUCCAGCAGCCAAAAAUUUUCAGGCACUACCUUUUGGUUUUUUUGAGGUCAGAUAUGGUAUCUCACAUGCUAUUCCCAAGAAAGUCUUGCAACACUGCCAGUCUGCCGAGAUGGGCGUCUUUGCAUUUGCUUCUUGCGUUAAUUCUCUCAGCAAACACAGUUUACUCUGGCUCCAUUGUCAAGUAUCUGCCUGGCUUUGAUGGUGAACUACCAUUUAAACUCGAAACAGGAUACAUAAGUGUGGGGGAUUCUGAGCUAUUCUACUACUUUAUUGAGUCUCAAGGAAAUCCUCAACAAGACCCUCUUUUUCUUUGGCUUACAGGAGGACCUGGCUGUUCCUCUUUUAGUGGACUUGUCUAUGAAAUUGGUCCACUGGAAUUUCAGAUUAACAACUACACUGGGGGCUUACCAAGAUUGGUAUAUUACCCAUAUGCAUGGACAAAGACAGCCAGCAUUAUAUUUCUAGAUGCACCUGUUGGUACUGGAUUCUCCUAUGCAAGAACUCCAGAAGGCUGGCCUACCUCAGAUUCAGAAUCAUCUGAACAAUCCUAUCAAUUCCUCAGGAAGUGGCUAGAUGAGCACCCACAAUAUCUCCCAGUUCAACUAUUUAUUGGUGGUGAUUCUUAUUCAGGCAUUAUUGUUCCAUUAGUGACAAAGAAGGUCAUAGAUGGUAUUGCAGCUAAAGUCAAGCCACGAAUGAAUCUCAAAGGGUAUUUAAUUGGGAGCCCACGUACAGAUUCGGUUAUUGAUGAAAAUUCCAAAAUAAUAUUCGCUCAUCGGAUGGCACUGAUAUCAGAUGAACUUUUUGAGGAACUUAAAAUAAGUUGCCAAGGGAACUAUGUGGAUGUAGAUCCAUCCAAUACAGCAUGUGUCUUGGCUCUUGCAUAUUACAAAAAAUGCAUAAAAGAUCUAUUUCGUAAUGAUAUUUUGGAACCAAAGUGCGCUUUUGCUUCUCCAAGCCUUAAUACAGAACUGGAUAGAAGAUCUGUACAAGAAAAUUCGGCAGAUUUCAUACUUUCUCCACCAAGAAUUCAUGAAUAUUGGUGUCGGAAUUUUAAUUAUGCAUUAGCAUACAUGUGGUCCAAUGAUGAUAGAGUUCAAGACGCUCUGCAUGUUCGACAGGGUUUUGUCUGGGAUUGGAAGAGGUGCAACAAGAGCUUAUCAUACACAAAGGAUAUUUUGAGUGUGGUUGAUGUUCAUCGAUAUCUCAGUAAGAAAGGCUUACAAGUCCUGGUGGAGAGUGGUGAUCGCGAUAUGGUUGUACCAUUUGUGGGCACAGAACAAUGGAUAAAGUCACUUAAUUUGACUAUUGUCAAUGAUUGGCGACCUUGGCUUGUUGAUGGUCAAAUUGCAGGGUACACAAGAAAGUAUUCUGAGAAUGGAUUUCGUUUAACAUUUGCAACUGUAAAGGGUGCUGGUCAUACUGCACCAGAGUACUACCGUAGAGAAUGUUAUAACAUGUUUCAAAGGUGGGUUCAUUAUUACCCUCUGUAAUAAGUGGGUUAUUUUUUGGUUCCUCUCUCUCUCUCUCUCUCUGAGCUCUGUAAUAAGUGAUUGAAGCUUCAAUAAUUUGGGACAUUUGAUCAUGAAGUGAGGUUCUUGCAUUUGUGUAGUUUUUAUAGAUGAAAGCAGUUCUAAUCUUUUAGUCA